CCGAGUUCCUCCUGCCUCAGCCCCGGCGGCGGCGCGGGGGCCACCGGCCCCCAGCCCGGCCCCCCCCCCGUCAUGGACCGCCGCGAGAGCAAGAGGAAGCCCCGGGGCGAGGGUCCCGGGCCGGGGGGGGCCCAGGCGCGGCGGCCCUGCCGGCGGCGCAUGACCUGCCCGACGCCGCGCGAGAUCAGCCAGGCCAUGGCCAGCGCGGGGCUGGGCGAGCUGCCGCAGGCCUGCAGCCUCGACCAGCUCCUCGAGCAGUGUCUCGACGCCUUCGACCUGGACGGGCGCCUGCGCCGCGGCGAGUACACGGUGGACAUGACGCUGACGGUGCACAGCUGGGUGGUGCCCUCGGCCGAGCUGGCGCGCCGCCUCCUCGCCAUCUACCAGGAGGCCUCCCGGGCCGGGCAGGAGGAGAGGGCGCUGCGCGUCUGCCUCUUCGUCCGGCACUGGGUCACCCACUACCCCGAGGCCUUUCGGCUGGAGCCGGCGCUGGAGGAGGCGGUGGGCGAGCUGCGGCGGGCGGCGCUGCACGAGGGACGCGAGGGCCACGGCCGCCUGCUCGACACCCGCCCCGCGGUGUGCGGGCGGCUGAGCCCGCCGCGGCCCCGGCGGCCCGGCGCGCCGGGCGGCAGCCCCAAGCGCAAGCUCUCGCUGCUCUUCGACCACCUGGACGCGGCGGAGCUGGCCGAGCACCUGAGCUGCCUCGAGCACCGCGCCUUCUGCCGCCUCUCGGGCCAGGACUGCCGGCGCUACGUGCAGCGGGGGGGCGCGCAGGGCAGCCCGGCGCUGGAGCGGGCCGUGGCCCUCUGCAACGGCGUCUGCCAGUGGGUGCAGCUGAUGGUGCUGAGCCGCCCCACGGCCCCGCAGCGCGCCGAGGUCGUCGCCAAGCUCACCCGCCUCACCCAGAAGCUGCGGGAGCUGCAGAACUUCAACACGCUGAUGGCGGUGGUGGGGGGGCUCUGCCACAGCUCCAUCUCCCGCCUCAAGGACACCCAGGCCCUGCUGCCCCCCGAGGUGGCCAAGGCGCUGGGGGCCAUGGCGGAGCUGGUGUCGGCGCGGGGCAACUUCGGGGCGUACCGGCGGGCCUUCGGCGCCUGCCGCGGCUUCCGCCUGCCGCUGCUGGCCGUGCACCUCAAGGACCUGGCGGCGCUGGACGCGGCGCUGCCCGGACGCCUGCCCGGCGGCCGCCUCAACCUGCCCAAGCUGCACGGCCUCUACCAGCACGCGCUGGACCUGCGGGCGCUGCAGCGCCUGGCCCCCCCCUUCCGCGCCGACCCCCACCUCCUCCGCCUGCUCGCCCUCUCCCUCGACCUCUUCUACACGGAGGAGGAGCUGUACGAGCUGUCGCACGCGCGGGAGCCGCGGUGCCCCAGGGCCCUGCCCCCCGCGCCCGGCAAGGCCCCCGCCGAGAGCGCCUGGGCCCCCGCCACCCCCCCGCGCCCCGCCGCCGGCCACCACGUGCCGCAGACGCUGGAGUCCGUGUUCCCACCCCCCGACGCGGAGCGGCGCGGCCACGUCUCCGGCGACGACCUGGCGAAGGCGGCGGCCGAGCAGGACGGCGAGGGGCCCUUCCCGCACCCCGAGGCGGCCUCGUGCCCGGCGCGCGCCGACGCCAACGCCGCCUUCGCCAAGCUCGGCCGCUCGCACGACUUCCGCCAGGCCACGUUCAAGAAGCCCACGUUCUGCCAGGCGUGCAACGGCUUCCUCUGGGGCGUCUCCAAGCAGGGCUACCGCUGCCGGGGCUGCGGGACCAGCUGCCACAAGCAGUGCCGGGAGCUGGCGGAGGCCGAGUGCAGGAGCCGCUUCCCCGCGGGGGGGCCGCCCGCCCCCCACCCCAGCUCAGGCGACAGCGAGGAUGAGGAGGAAGAGGAGGAGGAGGAGGGGGAGGAAGAGGUCUUCGCCGAGGGCGGCAGCCCCCGGGCAGCCCGCCGCGACGCCGGGACCCAGACGGAGCCGCCGGCACCCGCCGGCACCGCCGCGCUGCUGGCACAGCUGGCGCAGCUGCGGGAGGAGCGCGACCGGCUGCUGGAGGAGAACCGGCGGCUGCGGCCGGCGGCGGGGGGGGCCGCGGGGGGGGCGGCGGCGCUGCCCCCGCUCCUGGGGGCCCUGCGCCUGCAGCCCGGCCCCGGCGCCCCCCCCGAAUAAAGGGGUCCCCCCCCA